CACUGGGCUUAUUUGCCAAUAUUCGACCUUUAACCCGGCGCCUUUCACAAUCGGUUCCUGACCAGCCGAUCUGCCUUUAUAUCACCGGCUCUCAACCAGCCUCUUUCACACAUUAUGGAUCACACCCGCGACCCCUGCCCCUGGGUUGCCCUGAGCGACUUCGGCGGUGCUUUCUGUAUGGGUGCCAUCGGUGGUGCCGUCUGGCACGGUGUCAAGGGGUUCCGCAAUAGUCCCUACGGUGAGCGCCGGAUAGGUGCUCUCACAGCUAUCAAGGCGCGUGCCCCCGUCCUCGGUGGUAACUUCGGCUGUUGGGGAGGACUUUUCAGUAUAUACGACUGUUCAAUCAAGGGAAUUCGCAAGAAGGAAGAUCCCUAUAAUGCUAUCAUCGCUGGUUUCUUCACCGGUGGUUCCCUCGCUAUCCGUGGUGGUUACAAGGCUGCCCGAAACUCCGCUAUUAUGUGUGCCGUCUUCCUUGCUGUGAUUGAGGGUGUCGGCAUUGGUUUCCAGCGUAUGAUGGCUGAUAACACAAAGCUUGAGCUUCCUCCCCCGCCUCCAUCUGAGCACAAGGCUCUGGCUUAAAUUCCCCUCCCCUCCUCCCCAUUCACCAACACGAUCGACUUAUAUACACUCGAUCACCCUCGAUUUAUCCUCCCUUCCAUCUCUUUCCUCAUAACGACAUCCCCACAUUAAGUCUCUCUUCUCGGGUGCCCAAUUUGGUUCAUCAUUCUUAAACGACAUAUCAUAGAAGACCCUGUUUUCUU